AUGACCACAUUUAUGCCAAGAGUGUCUAGAAGGGCAACAACAUUAUAUACAAGGUCCAUGAAGGUCCCUUUCUCUGGUUCAGCUGGCUGUUCAGAGUGGCCAUUAUCAGAUCUUAUACUUCUUUCGUCAUCUUCUUCAAGCACCACAUCUAGCAGUAGAAGACAAAAUGACAAAGUGGGUUCUUUUAAUUUUAGGAUGAACAUCGAUGAUGCCUUAGCUACCUUCCAUCACAUGAUUCAUUUGCAUCCUCUGCCUUUUGUUGUCGAAUUCAAUAAAUUAUUGUCUGCAAUUGUUAGAAUGGGACAUUAUGAGACUGUGAUUACUCUUUCCAAACAAAUGGAAUUAGCUGGUAAGGCUGCUCAAGCCGUGGAAUUCUUAAAUGACUUUGUGGCAAGAGGGUAUCAACCUCAUGUCCACACUUAUACUGCGAUUAUCAAAGGCUUAUGGUUGCAGCCUAAUUUUCAGAUAUACACUACAAUAAUAAAUGCACUUCGCAAAGUAGGAUUGGUAGAUGAAGCAUUCGAAGCUUUCCGAAAGAUGGAAGAGGAUGGCUACUCUCCAGAUGAAUGGUCUUAUAAUGUUAUUAUCCGAGGAUUUCUCCAGCAUAAGGAUGCAUCAAGGGCAGUGCAACUUAUUGGUGAAAUGAGAGACAAAGGGUUCUUAGCAGAUGCCCACACCAAAGCCUUGUUCCUGCUUCACCUGCAGUACAUCACAUCAGUUCUAGGAAAAUGGAAUCAUUAG